AUGGAUCUGAUCAAUUGUACUCGAGUGACAGAAUUCAUCCUCCUUGGGUUUCCACACAUUUCAGGAAUGAACAUCACUUUGUUUAUAGUUGUCCUCCUGCUCUACAUUUUGUCCAUCACUGGUAAUGGUUUCAUCAUUGUCAUGGUAAGAGUUGACCGUCAGCUCCAAAAGCCAAUGUACUUCUUCCUUAGCAAUCUCUCUUUCCUUGAGAUAUGGUAUACCACUGCUGUUGUCCCCAAAAUGUUGGCCAACCUUCUUUCAUCCAAGACCACCAUCUGCUUCCAUUGCUGCAUGGCACAGUGCUAUUUCCACUUUCUCUUUGGCAUCACAGAAUUUUAUAUCCUCACUGUCAUGUCAUUUGACCGGUAUUUAGCUAUCUGCAAGCCAUUAAGAUAUGCCACCAUCAUGACCACCAAUGUCUGCUUUCAGCUUGCACUGGCUGCAUGGUUUGGGGGGUUCUGUACCAUCCUUCUCCAGACUACGUUGGUGGUGAGACUCCCUUUCUGCCAUUCCAACAUUGUCAAUCAUUUUUAUUGUGACAUUGGACCCAUGUUGAAAAUUGCAGGGGGUCAUACAGAUCUUAUCGAAGCCCUUGGCUUUCUUAUUGCUGUGGCUGUGAUAUUGACUUCUCUGCUUCUGACUGUGAUUUCUUAUAUUUUCAUCAUUUCCACCAUUCUCCGCAUCCCUUCAGCCAGUGGACAAAAGAAAGCCUUCUCUACUUGUGCUUCUCAUCUGACUGUGGUCAGCAUCUUGUAUGGGGCUGUCCUUUUUAUCUAUUUAAGACCUUCUGCUGCACAUUCUUCAUUCAGCCUCAACAAGGCCAUCUCUGUGCUGAACACUGUAAUCACCCCUGUGCUAAACCCUUUCAUCUACACAAUCCGAAAUAAUGAAGUCAAAACAGCAGUGCGGAAAGUGUUACAAUCUGAGGUCACACUUAGAUUCCCUAGAUCAUAA